GACGAUGUCAACGACCACCCAAAUUCUCUUCCACAGCCCGGCUCUGCAUUCCCUUAAGCGCGACCAAUUGGUCAAAUUAUGCAAGAUUCAUAGUAUCAAAGCUAAUGGAAAGAACAAGGAUCUUAUCGAGCGUCUCCAGCUACAUGCACAGACACUUCCGCCUGAUGAUCCGUUGAGCGUUGCAACAAGGGGCAACACAAGUGAAGAUGAACAAGAUGCUGCAGAGGAGGGCAGCAAAGCAUCUGCGAUUGCGCGCCCGAGUGAACAAUGGGAGAUUGUCAUGGACAGCAUCGCAGAAGUUGAUGAAGAUGCUGCGAGUACACUCAAAAACAACCAGACGCGUAAUGCCACACAAGCAGGAGAGUUUGGAACAAACGGGGGCAAAGCUUCAAGUGUUGGUUCCUCUCUCAAGGCCAUAGCCACUUCUCUUGGACUGAAACGCGGGAAUGCAUCUUCUGAACCAACUACAACCGCCUCGUCCAAAUCUUCGCUCACUUCUACCCAAAGUGGGAAAUCGCAGAGCACAGCUCCGACUGAGCCAGAGCCCGAAGUUCAGCCCGUGCCAGGACAGAACGCUCUUGCAGGUCUCCCAGCACCAGACAAUGCCCGUCUCAGUAUAUCCCAGGAGCCUGCGACGACCACAAUCCGUCUAGUUGCCUUUAAUGCACCUGGGAACUCAUUGUUGUCCCCGCCAAAGUUACAUCCGUUCAAGACAUCCUUUGAUCUUGUGCCCCAAACACCCGGGGGAGCGGAAGGUGACGGUGUAUGGCCACUCUCACCUGGAGGAGCCAAACGCGAGCGCAUAUACCCAGGUAUUCCAACAUUUUCUGCUUUUGGACCUGUAGAUGCUUCCGACAUGGAUAUCGAUGUCGAUUUCCCCGGUACACUCCAGUCAUCCACGCCAGCGCGUACGAAGCUCAAUACAGGUGCUACUCCGAAGUCCGACGAAAAGCCCUCUGACGUCCCCCAAGAUUUGUUUUCCCCAGCACCAAGGCUUACUCGUGCUCGGGAGGAUGUGGGCUCAUUCCGCCCACAGCGUUCCCCGGAAAAGCCGAGCGGCGAACUGGGAAUACCCCGCUCUGAGCCUUUCAUCUUUGGAUCUCCUAAUCCUCAGCACCGUCUUUCGAAUGCGCAAUUCCGAAGUGCGGCGCAAAGCGUGCUGGACGAUAUGAACGCGCGCCUUAAAACGGAUGGCGUCGCAAGCGUAGAUUUUGAGCUUUUGAGACACCGGCAACAGUCUACGUCAAGACAGUCCACUGCAGAGGACCCGCAGCAGGAGAAGAAGGCCGGUACGAGUCAGCUAUUCGAUAAAGCGCACCAAGCACAAUUCGAUAAGAUGGACAGCAUCACGAGCCACUAUGCUGCACGACGCAGGCUGCCAUCUGAUGCGAAAGCUGCACCCGUCUUGGGCAAGCGAAAGACAGCCGCUGGGCCCGCAUCCAUCACUGGGAAGACGCGUAAGUCGAGCGUGGUGGUGAAGAAGGACCGCGUUCCUUCCACCUCAAGUGUGAGGUUGCGCCCAGUUUCGAAGAAAGUCGUACCAGGAGGAUUUGGCGAUGAUGAUGGCGAUGAUGACGGCGAAGAAGAGGAUGACCGAGAGGAUGAUAGGCGGAAGUCUAAACGUGUUCGCGUCGACCCUGCUGAGGAUGCAGAGUUGAAAGGGGAAGAGGCGAAGAAGCUCAAGGAGCGUGAAGCCAUCCGUCGGAAGCUGGAUGCCAACAAAGCCAAGAGGCGCAGCAGCAUGGGUAGGCCAAGUAUAGGCAAGGGCGCCCAAACACCCAAGCAAACAUCACGCUUCGGUUUCCUCUCUUCUGCAAAGAAUCUCGUCUCAAAUGUUUGGAAUCGCGGAACAACUGGGUCGAAGCCGAACGUGACCGUCGCGAAGCCCGCACCCGCACCCCAGACGAAAACUCCAGCCCCGUCUAUUUCUUCCAAAGUUACCAAAGAGCCACCAAAAGCACAGUCGAUAGCCAAGAAACCCUCGAUUGUCCCUGGUUCUUCGGGAGUGCUACCCGUCCCUAAAGAGCGUGUGCCAUCGGUCAGUAAUGACAAACGCAUGCCUUCUGGGAGUUCGCUUGCACCAGUAGCUGAUUCAACGCCAUCUCGCACAUCGAAAUCUCCAAUCCAGUUCCCUGCUCCAGGGACGUCAAGCAGGAUGAGCCAUAGUAGGAUUGCUUCGCGAACAAAUAAUGCAGGGCACGUAUCUUCCAUGGGCUCGAAGACUUCCCUCGCUGGUACAUUAAAAGUUGCAACCAUUGGCACAGUUCGAGCUCGCAGCUCCACCCUCAUGGCACCAACUGCAUCAUCCCUAGCCAAGACCAGCAGGCUGCCAGUGCCGUCGUUUUCCCCACUCCAGGUGAAAGGUAAGGCCAAUGAGAAAGGAAAAGAACAGGAAAAGGAAACAGAUACAGUGGAACAUGUAGUGAACUCCCCGAUGGUCCCCCGAAGUCAGGGCAAAAUCUUCAGCCAGCCCUUAGGGCCGAUCAGCCCCUCGUCGAAGCCUUCGGGACCACAGCCUCAGAUGUCCCUUGCAGCAGCAGCUGCUACACUGGCCACCGCGAAGCCUCCAAUCCCGCCGAAGCCGAAGGUUAUGCUCGGACGGCGGCCACGUAUAUCAAGAGGAAAGGUGAUCGCGAAAUUGGCUUCGCAACGCGAGGCCCAGCAUGCUGGCACGAGCGCUAUUCCGAGGCCACGUGUAGGCGCAUCCAGCUCCCAUGCGAGCGUCGGUGUACCAAGGGUACGGUCUAGCAUGGGCACGAACGUCGGGCAGUCGCAUGGUGUGGCGAAAGUGGGUGGGGAUGUGCUGAUGAGCGCAAAGAAGCGCACGAGGAGGAGCGAGUAUGUGAGGAGGCGGAGUCGUGUAGAUGGAGAGAAGAUGGACGUGAAGGAAUGAGCUGCGAGGUUUUUCUUCAAUUUUUUUACUAUCUCUUGUUCUAUGCAUUUGAUGAUCAUACUUCGAGUUAUACAGUACUUCAUCUAGUUUAAUCAUGCAGGAACAUAACAUUGGCUAGAAUAUCAAUAUCUAGUUAUACUUGCACAGCAACUGCAAAUAGG